AUGCGACCUGCACCACCCACGGUGGGGCAGCACCGGGAAGGAGUGAGGUUCUCAGUGCUGAAUUUCACCUUCCCCAGUGAGAACCACUGGGGAUCAGGUGAGGAUCACUUUGGAGGCAUGAAAGGGGCCAUGUGGUUUCUCAAGGUGCAGAAUCCACCUAGUGAACCCCUGGGUCCUGCAGGGCAGGCAGCUGUGUCAGGGUCUGCAUAUGAGGGUCACUUAUCUGGGGGUGAGGGUGGAGCUGCCACAGAAGAAAUGCCCCAGGCAGGGGCCGGUGGGAGGGGCCACCUUAGCACAGCCCACUCCCAGGAGACCCGCUCACCCCCUCUGCGGGCUGAGAAGCAACAGAAUGAAAGUAAAAAUAACACCCCCCAAAAAGAUGAGCCUCAGAAGAAAGAGAAGCCGACCUCAGCACCACUAACCCCAGAGGCGAGGACAGAGGCUAAAACUCUGGCUCUGAUUGAGAAACUGAAAGAGGAGCAGGCUAACAGGAAAGCCAUAAAGCCCCCAGAAAACGAAAAGAAGGUCUUUGACAAAGGUACAGCAGUCAUAACUAUCCAGGCCUGGUGGCGGGGCACACUGGUACGUCGGGUGCUGCUGCAUGCAGCCCUCAGGGCCUGGAGCAUUCAGUGCUGGUGGCGGCUGAUGCUGUCCAAGCUUCUGAGGAAGAGGCGGCGGGCGGUGCUAGAGUCCUUUUCACGGGAGGAGUGGGCAGCAGUCACACUGCAGUCCUGGGCCCGCAUGUGGCGUGUCCGCUGGCGCUACUGCCAGGUGCUCAACGCUGUCCGCAUCAUCCAGGCCUACUGGAGGUGCCACUCCUGUGCUUCCCGGGGUCUCAUCAAGGGCCAGUACAGAGUCACAGCCAGCCAGCUGCAACUCCAGCUGGAGAUCUUGCUGGGCUCUGGGCCUUGCACUGUGACGGAGUGUAUUCCCCUCCCAAUAAAGGACUGAAGUGGUCUUUU